AUGGAGAUGAGUGAGAGACUGUGCCUGGUUCAGCGGCACAUACCGGAAACGUGGCGCAGAGCAGUGGAGAUGGACAGACGGCCAGACAUGGAGGUGAGAAGGGAAGAGCAUCGAAUGGAUCUCGAAAGGGAAGCUGCAGAGGAUGAGUGGGAGAGCUGGCAGAGAGGCCAGCUGAGGAGGAACACACUGCACCUCAUGUCUGCAGCUGCUCAGUGGAUAUUACUGUUCGCCUGCUUGAUCUACCUUGGCAUAGAUGCUCUGCAACUCUCGACGCCUCGGAACGACAAAGUCCCGUGGACCUACAUCCAGUACACAGGUAAAAGUGUCGAAGGAACUGCCAUGAAUCUCAGUGCUGAGACAGGCUCUAUUCAUAUCAGAAAUGGUUCCAUCAUGAUCACGUGCGAUGGCCUCUACCUCGUGUCCUUGAAGGGUGUUAUCAGUUUCCCUGAGCUGGAGAAAAACGACUCAUUGAAGCUGAUACUGGGGAAGAAAGAUAACAAAACCAGCGAGGCCCUCUGGGAGCAAACUCUCCAGGACGAUGGCAAGACUUUAGAUCUCAUCACGAUGCUGUACUUGUUUGCUCAAGAUAACAUCGCCCUGUGGACCAACACAAACGCCACUGUCAAGGGUUUGUCGUUUAGCCUUGUGUUAUUAAGUCCCAUCUUCUACUGCUUCCUGUAGAAGAUGACAUAUUAAAAAUGUAACAUGUAAAGUACAACCUUUCCUACCAACACCAAACUAGAGCCAGCUACUAAUACAUCCGUUUGUGGGAGGCUUGUUCUUACAAGCUGUACUUGUACCAGAAGACUGCUCUAACUUCCUGCCUUGGGGCUAUGGAAAGUAUCAGCUGGGGUGAGAUAAAUCACAGUGCAAACGAGCUUUAUGUAGUGCAUGCCAUGUUUAUCUCUGGAGCUCUACGCAUGUAUUUUGCUAUCUAGGAUGGAUCUUCCUAACACUGGAGAAAACACUGGAUAUAUGGCACCCUUGAGGACAACAAAAACAGAAGCCAAAGCCACUCAGCUUUG